AUGGAUGCUCCUCCAACUAUAUAUGGUCUUCGUCGACAAGAACGUAUGAAAUGGUGGAUUGAAUUUAUUGGAUUUUGGCUUCUUGGCCUAUGUAAUAAUUUUGGUUAUGUAAUAAUGUUAAGUGCUGCACAUGAUAUUCUAAAAGAAGAAGAAGGUACUAAUUCGACUCAACCUGUACCAAAAAAUACAACAAAUGAAUUUGACUGUAAUCCAGUAUCGACAGGAGCUAUUCUUCUUGCGGAUGUUAUACCAGCGUUAAUCAUCAAAGUAACAGCUCCAUUCUAUAUGCAGCGAAUCCCAUACAAUAUUCGCUUUGUUUUAAUGGUAUUAUUUUCUGCUGGUUCUCUGAUCAUUGUUGGUACUGCAAGAAUUGUUGCUUUAAGUUUAGUCGGGGUGGCAUGUGCAAGUAUCAGUUCAGGUUUUGGUGAAAUUACAAUUUUACAACUGUCAUCAUUUUAUUCAAAAGAUACAGUUAGUGCGUGGUCAAGUGGUACAGGUGGAGCUGGCUUAUUUGGUUCUCUUUCUUAUGCUCUACUAACUGGUCCAAUUGGACUGACACCGAGAACUACUAUUCUCAUUCUACUUUUUAUACCUGCUCUUCAAGUAGUAAGUUACAUCAUGGUUGGGGCUAGUCAUGCUGUAUCGAAACAUCGGCAAUAUCAACAAAUAGCUGGAAGUAGUACUACUGCGGAUACCGAUAAUGAAGUUGAUGAAAAUCCAACAGUUCUUCCAAGUCGACUUGCACUAGUUAAACCAUUACUCAAAUAUAUGAUUCCAUUGACACUUGUUUAUUUCGCGGAAUAUUUAAUCAAUCAAGGAUUAUACGAACUCGUCUACUUUCGCAAUAUUAAGCUAAAACAUUCAGAUCAAUAUCGUUGGUUCUCUGUAACUUAUCAAUUGGGUGUUUUCCUUUCACGUUCAUCUGUAGCUCUCUUUCGAAUUCAUCAUCUGUGGGUUUUACCUAUUAUUCAAUUUACUAAUUUGGGUCUAUUUUUUGCUUGUAUCUAUCGCACGGCAUAUAUACCAAGUAUAUGGCUUGUUUUCGGAUUAAUUGUAUUCGAAGGUUUAAUUGGUGGUGGAGCGUAUGUUAAUACCUUCUACAAAAUAUCCAUUGAAAUUCCUGAACGAGAUCGUGAGUAUUCAAUGGGUGUUGCAUCUAUAGGUGAUUCAUUUGGAAUAACAGCUGCUGGUUUAUUAGCAAUUCCACUUCAUAAUGCAAUUUGUCGAUAG